UUGGACGCGAGGGCGUGGUUGAUGCGUACGACCGCGCGGCAAGCACUGAGAUUGCGAACGCCUCGCUGAAGGAUGUCCGCCCUGACAUUGUGCAUCAGUGCCUCCUCGCCCUCUUUGACUCGGAGCUUGGAUGGCAGCGGCGGCUGCGUGUUUACAUCAGUCUAUUCGCACGCAGCGGACGCACCAUUGAGGUUUCGCCAGCACUGCGCCCGCCACGCACAUUUCGCCGCUUCAAAGGACUUGUCGCCGCGCUGCUCCGCGAUGGUGCGGUGCGGUCGGUGGAUGGGACUUUGCUGAUGAGGAUCCUGCCGGGCUCCGUCGCGCCUGUGGUGCCGUGUGGGGCGCCGGUUAUCGGACUGACGAAUGCUGUCGCUGCGCCCGUGCGUACCGCGACGCAGUUGGCUCGCGAGGCGCUUGCGGAACCGGUGGACGACAACCUUCAGGGCGGCGUGAAGAAUGUCGCGGGGUUCUUUUGCAUCUCCUGCACCGACGAGGCCGAUCUCGACGGCAUCGACUACGUGACGCAGCAGGCCUGCCUGAGCGCGUACCCUACUACGGCGCAUGUGAUGUGUGCCCGCAUCUGCGAGGGGUUCGCACGGGCGGCGAAGACAAUUGAUUCCGCAGCCAGCAAUAGCGAGUAA